AUGAUUCAAAACGAGAGGCUCACCUCCUCACAGAAGAGCCAGCGCCUAAACUCGUUUUUUCUUUGCAAAUCCCAGAAAAGAUAUUGUCAAGACAGAAUAACCAGAACUCAACCUCGUUGCUUCUCCGUAGGCAAGAAAAUGGAUUACCAUACCCCAGGCUCUAAGCCUGUUUCCACUCAGCACGACCCUCCGAAAACACCUCCCAGCAAAAAGCCAUCGGCGUAUGUCUUCGACUCGAACGGCGAUACUCGGAUCAUUCUUAGCACAUACAGGGCCCAGAGCUUCAAAUGGGAGACUGAUAAAAUCUGGAUAGAGAAAGAAAAGCCCACGAAGGAAAUGUGCAAAAACAAGAAGCGGAAAAAGAAGAAAGGGAAGAAAGUUGAGUCCCCCCUGUCGACUACGCCACCAGCGCCCCAAGAGUCUCCUGUUACAACCUCAACAUCGCCAAGAGGUACUACCAAUGCACCUCCAUUAGACUGGGGCAGGGCCGAUUUCUCAGACUUUAGUAAUGUAAGUUAUUGUCGUCCAGAAUUUUCAGAUAGCGACGAAGUGGAUCCGGGUUGUACCAACCCUGGAACGAAUCCCGACAACACAAGCCUUCAGAUACAGGACUGGGACUAUGGAGAAACAUGCGUACCUCACCUUAAGAAGAUGGAGUUUCGAAUGCUAGUCUCCGGAAAACACCUAGAGCUAGCUUCACCUAUCUUCAAAACAAUGGUUACUGGUCCUUUUUCAGAGGGAAAGGCCGAUUCAUCAGGUUUUCGCCUGAUAACAGCGAGCGACUGGGAUCCUGAAGCUUUCAAGAUCAUCCUGAAUAUUAUGCAUGGAUAUAAUCGAGAUGUCCCAAGAUCGCUCAGCCUUGAAAUGCUUGUAAAGGUGGCAAUGAUUGUGAAUUAUUACGACUGCCUUGAGAGUGUCGAGUUAUACACGGACAUUUGGCUUGAAGGUUUCAGUCAGAAGUUAAUCGAAGCCGAAGAUUUCCCCAUUCCAGCCGAUAUUCUGGAUGAGAUCAAUAUAGCACGUCAAAGCGCUCUCGCCGAAAUCUUCUCAGGAAUUUACGAGCUCCUUGAUCGUCUAAAAGAAGAACAAGAGUGUUCUUUUGAAUGCUCAUCCAUGCUCCUGGGUGUCCUAACGAAGGAACUCAGUAAACAUGGGAUUCUACACCCGCGGAACGCCCCGCCGUUCGAUGGUUUCAGUAUUGAAGGGCUUAAAGAGGUAAUCAACGGUUUGAAAAGGCCUAACUGGUAUGGCACCACGAAUUACAGCCAUUACGGCCAUUAUAGCCAUAACUGUUGUAUCCAAGACAAACUAUCCAACUCUUUGGCAAAGGUUGAAAGCGAUCUGCGUGGCUUUGACCUUCAGGAAUUUCAGGCUACGAAGAAUCAACCACAUGUCUAG